GGAAAAAAAAAUAAAUGAAAAAGGCCCAAAAUAUAAAGAACCGCUCUUUAAUAUGGACUUUCUAGAGCUUGUAAGAAGCCCUUACGUGGCAGUAUGUUAUUGGACCAUGCAUUAAUUCCUCUCCUCUUCUUCGUCGAAGAAACACAAGCCUUCUAUCUUUCCUCCGUUGAUGAAUCUUCUGAAAAAACACAGGCCUUCUUCGUCUCCCACAUCGCAACGAUCGAUCCGCGGAGGAGUUAUCAGUUCAUUUACCGAUUCUCUAGCCUGUGACUCUGUGAGCGAUGGAUUCUACUUCUGCUCUCGUCGUCAAGCACGGUUGGCGAAAUUGGUUACCGACAAAGUGAUAACGCCACAGUCUGAACUACCAGUGUUGUACCCAAAGACUGGAGGCAAUCUCCAUUGUUUCACUGCGCUGACUCCAUGUGUGGUGCUCGACAUUCUCACACCUCCUUACAACGAAAGCUCUCGCAGGUCUUGCAGUUACUGUAUGGACUAUCCUUUCUCCACCUUCGGUAUGCAAACUUUCUCCAUCUUCAGAACAGAAGAACAUUAAGUUUACUAUGUUUUUUCUUUGGCCGAUGGUUACUUCUCUUUGGUUUGAUGUUUACUUAUCUAUGCGACUGGUAAUAAGCUGAUCAUCAGCUUUGUUCUUGCUUAUCUAUGCGACUUGUAAAAUUUUUUUUUU